GACCUCAGAGGAGGCACAUAUCAGCUCCUUUUGUUUUGACGCGCUGUUGGUGGUGCAAGGGAUACCAAGCAUGAGAUCCCUAAGUCUGUUGCUACUCAGCGCCAGCUGCGCGCUGAUCCUAAGUUUAGCCUACGCCCAUCCCCCAGAGGGCGUGUGGAAGAAGAAGCUCACCUGGAAGGAGGAUUGGGUCCAGGUGUGGAAGACCGUCAAGAAGGAGGCGUGGGAAACCAAAUGGAAGAAGGUUUCCGUUCCAAUUUGGAAGGAAGUCAAGGUCCCUGUCUGGAAGGAAGAACAGGUUCCCGACUGGAAGAUCGUUAAGAAGCCGAAAAUCGAGGAGAGAGAGGUUCCCGCCUGGAAGGAGGUCAAGGUGGCCGACUGGAAGAAGGUAACGAAACCGAUUUGGGUGCCCACCAAGGUGGCCGUCUGGAAGGAGAUCCAGGUGCCCAUCUGGAAGGAGGUGCAGGUCCCCUUCUGGAAAGAAAUCCAAGUGCCCAUUUGGAAGGAAGUACAGGUGGCAGACUGGAAGCAAAUGUUUGAACCCCAAUGGGUGAAAAUGGGCAUUCCCGGUGAAAAGUUCUUGGGCAAGGAUCACGAGGGCUGGGAGUACACCAGCCACGAUCUCUGGCGCAAGAAGCUUAUCUGGAAGCCAGUGUGGAAGAAGGUCUGGCGCACCGAGAAGAAGCAGGAGUGGAAGACCGAAAAGAAGCAGGAGUGGCGCACCGAAAAGAAGCAGGAGUGGAAGACUGAGAAGGUCCAGGAGUGGAAGCAGGACAAGAAGCUGGAGUGGAAGGACGAAUGGGUUCAGGUGUGGAAGAACGUGAAGAAGCAGAUCUGGAUCAAGGAGAAGCGCGAGACCUGGGUGGAGGAGAAGGUGCAGAUCUGGCGCACCGAGAAGCGCCAGGUGUGGGCCACCGAGAAGCGGCAGGCGUGGAAGGACGAGUGGCAGUCGGUCAACGUGCCCGUGUGGAAGGAGGUCAAGGUGCAGGAGUGGAAGAAGGUGUGGAAGCCCGUCUGGGAGAAGGUGUGGGUGCCGGUGAGCCACGGCCACGGAUGGGACUAGGUCCGCGGCAGGGGUCUCCGCUUGGCCCCUGGCCAGGCGACAGCACUGAUAUCUGAUAACUGAUCCCGCUGAUCCCUGAUCCCGCUGAUCCCCCCGUGAUUCUGUGAUGCAGGAUGGACUACAGAUCACAAUCGCCCCUGUGUACAACCCAACACGCUGAAAUUGUUACAUAGACUUAAUGUUGUAAGGCAUCCAUUCCACUUUCCUCCUGCAUUUUGUACAAAUCACCUCAUACCUUUCGUUACCUGUUGGAAUUACCCAUCUCCCGCCCCCGGCAUCGCCGUCCGUCCCAAGUGUACAAAUUAGUCAUGCGCGCGUUUUUGUCUUUAAGUUAUACAAAAUUCAAUAAAACAACAAAAAUUAUAAA